ACCUACUCCUUUUAUUUUGAAUAGCUAAUCUCCCAAAUUCAUUUCAGUUUCAAGAGUCAAGACAAUAAUCUCUUUCUCUUUCUCUUCCUUCAACUUUUUCUCUGCCCACUCCUCAGGAUCAGUCAAAAUGCUCAAGUUUUCACUUCAACGAGCGACAAAUGCUAAAUUGCUGAAACCGCAAAUGUUUGCUGCAAAGUAUUCGACUGCAACUGAGCCUUCUAAUCAGCAGCGUAAACCUCCGAGGGCUCCCCUAUUGAUUGGAGGCAAGUUCAUUGAUUCACAAGCAACUGAAACAAUUGAUGUUUUAAAUCCGGCGACACAAGAAGUUGUAUCCCAAGUUCCAUUAACAACUAGAGAGGAGUUCAAAGCUGCAGCAUCUGCAGCAAAACAAGCUUUUCCAGCAUGGAGAAACACACCUGUUACAACUCGUCAGCGUGUAAUGUUCAAGCUUCAAGAACUCAUCAGGAGAGACAUGGAUAAGCUUGCUUUUAAUAUAACCACUGAACAAGGAAAGACACUCAAAGAUGCACAGGGUGAUGUUUUUCGUGGUUUAGAGGUGGUGGAACACGUCUGUGGCAUGGGGACUCUUCAAAUGGGAGAAUAUGUCUCCAACGUAGCAAAUGGUAUUGAUACUUACAGCGUUAGAGAGCCCCUCGGCGUUUGUGCUGGCAUCUGCCCCUUCAACUUUCCUGCAAUGAUACCUUUAUGGAUGUUUCCUGUUGCAAUCGCUUGUGGCAAUACCUAUAUUUUAAAGCCAUCAGAAAAAGAUCCAGGGGCCUCGAUUAUGCUUGCUAAGUUGGCCAAGGAAGCUGGUCUACCUGAUGGUGUCUUAAAUAUUGUUCAUGGAACUAAUGACAUUGUCAACGCUAUAUGUGAUGAUGACGAUAUCCGUGCUGUAUCAUUUGUUGGUUCUAAUACUGCUGGCAUGCACAUUUAUGGAAGAGCAUCAGCUAAAGGAAAGCGUGUCCAGUCUAACAUGGGUGCCAAGAACCAUGCCAUUGUCAUGCCUGAUGCAAACAUAGAUACUGCUGCAAGUGCACUUGUUGCUGCUGGAUUUGGUGCAGCAGGGCAGCGGUGCAUGGCACUAAGCACCGUCGUCAUUGUUGGAGACUUAAAGACUUGGGAAAAUAAGUUGGUCAAGCUAGCUAAAUCACUGAAAGUGAAUGCUGGAACUGAACCUGAUGCUGACCUUGGUCCAGUCAUAAGCAAGCAGGCCAAGGAACGAAUCUGCAACUUGAUUCAACGUGGGGUUGAAUCUGGAGGGAGACUAGUUUUGGAUGGAAGAAAUAUUGUGGUUCCGGGAUAUGAAACUGGAAAUUUUAUUGGUCCUACUAUUCUCUCUGAUGUUACACCUGACAUGGAGUGUUAUAAGGAGGAAAUAUUCGGUCCAGUACUUUUGUGCAUGCAGGCUGAUAGUUUGGAAGAAGCCAUUAACAUAGUUAAUAAAAACAAAUAUGGAAAUGGAGCGUCAAUUUUUACCUCAUCAGGAGCUGCUGCAAGGAAAUUCCAAACAGAAAUUGAGGCAGGGCAGGUUGGUAUUAAUGUUCCAAUUCCUGUACCUCUUCCGUUCUUCUCAUUUACCGGAAGCAAGGCAUCUUUUGCAGGCGACCUCAAUUUCUAUGGCAAAGCCGGAGUUCAAUUUUACACCCAGCUUAAGACAGUGACCCAGCAAUGGAAGGAUUUACCUAGUGGAGUCUCCUUGGCUAUGCCAACUUCUCAGAAGACAUAAUGGAAUUCUGUUGAAUAGAAUGAUGUACAAACUUCAACAAAUUAAAAAAAAAUAAAGUCCUUGCUUUUAAAUUGUACAUUAUGCGCAUAUACCCUAA